GGUUUCUCGUUCAUCUCAACAUCUUGCGUUUUUCUUGUUCCUUUGAUCUGUCCUCGUCUCCGGGCUUCUCGAAUCUCUUGUCUCGGCUGUCGACCUGUUUUGAACUUGCACUCUUGGUGAAAAAAGCCGAGCAUGAGCAUGGCUGAUACUACGCCAGCACACAGUCCCGUCGGUGCUGGGUCGCGAACCCACAAGUCCUGCGAUGCCUGCAAGUCUCGUAAAGUCCGCUGCCCAAGCACCGGCCCACCAGGCCCCUGUGCCAACUGUACCCGUCGGAAGCAACAGUGUCGCUUUAGCGUCAAGAAGCUCGCGCACAGGCGAAAUGUCGCCGGUCAGCUUCUGCCAACCAACUACUCUCCAUCAAGCCAACGGGCACCCAGCCCGCCGGACGCAACAGCCGUUCUGGACCUAUCGACAUCGAUAUCAGACGGCCAAAUCAAACCCGAAGCCACGGAGACGCCAUCGCCGAAAUCCCCAUCACAUCGCAUCCAUGAACUCUACGUCGACCGCAUCCUCGCCCGAGCCCAGGAGCCAAAGGACUCUGACGGAAAGGCUCAAGAGGAUGCUAUGUUCGUCCCGAGCAAUAGCAUUCUUGGGGGUCCUAACAAUCUCACCUUCUUCUCGGACAGCAGACUGUUGUCGUUGUCGAAGCGUCUGCGGAACCGCAAAGUCAACGAGCUCGUCGGGAGGAUCUCGGCCGUCGUCAACGGCCGACUGCGGCGUGCCGACCCGGCGACGACGACCACACGCAAGACGGGGCAGCCCGGCACGGUGGUCUACCGCGGCAGCGCCAACUUGUACAUCCGCCUCUACUUCGAACGCGUGCACCCGACGCUCCCCUUCCUCGACAGGGCAUCGUUCGAGUCCACCGUCGCGAACCCCAACUUCCCCAGCCUCCUCGAGCACAGCAAGCCGUGGACCUGCCUCUACCACGCCGUCCUCGCCAUCGGCUCCCAGCACGCUGACGGCGGCACCUUCGAGCCCGGCAAAGGCGAGUCUUGGCGCCUCUUCUCCGUGAGCCUCGGCAGCUUCUCGGACCUCCUGCUGCUGCCGGAUUCCCUCACGACCCUGCAGGCGCUGACGGCCAUGUCGUUGUACGCGCUGUGCCUCUGCGGACUCUCGGUUGAGCCCGUCAUCAUGUCGGAGGCGGCCCGGCGCGCGCAGAUGAUGUCGAGCCACAACUUCACCGGCUCGGCGGCCUCGGCGUACCAGAAGGCCUUUUGGUCCAUGUACAUCAUUGAAAAAGUCACCAGCUUCCAUAUUGGAAGAAGCUCUAGCUUCGUCGACUGUGACAUCUCCUGCCCUAUUCCAGUCACCCCCGACGCAACGAUCGCGGGCUUCAACUCGUUCCUGCACCUCGUGCGGCUCUCGCGCUUGCUCUCCCGGGCGUACACGUCCCUCUUCUCGGUGGGUGUGUCGGGGAACUCCAGCUCGUACUACCUGGACGUCAUCGACCAACUGAACGUCGAGCUGGAGGCCUGGCGGACGUCGUUGCCGGACAACGGCUUCAGGCCGGGCGGGACGGUUCGCGCCCAAGCGAUCCUGGAGCCCAUGGCCCGCUCGCUCGCCGUCGUACUGCAUUACCUUUAUUACAGCCUCCUCCUGACCCUCUCGAGGACCAUGUUGGUCUACUUGCCGACCUCGGAUGGCCCCGUGGCGGUGGCGCCCGAGUUGGCGGCGAAGAGGUCGUCCAACUUGAAGACGACCCUCGACGGGUCCCGGUUCAUUCUCGAACUGACAUCGAUGAUCGAGGUGGAGCCGUACACGAACACAUGGGUCAUUGCUGGGAUCCCCAUCACAGCGCUCUUCGUGCUCUUCGACAUCGUGAUCCACGACCCGCAGCUGCCAGACACGGCGUCCAACCUGGCCCUGCUCGACAUGGCGGCGGGCCACUUUAGCAGGAUCGAGUUCGUGAGCGGCGGAGCCGUGCCGGGAUCACUCAUCGCCGAGUUUGCCAAGAUUGCGCGGGAUUACGUGAACGAGAUCCAGCAUUCGGAACAGCGGACGACAGAUGCCGCGAAGCCGCCGACUGCAGUCUCCACCACGGCAGCCCAAGAACCGGCGUUUGAGCUCCAGGACAGCCAACAGGCGCCACAACCAGACGCGAUGCAGAUGGAUCUUUCCGAUACCAUGGCGAGACAUCCCGUGAUGCCCGGUCCCCUGCAGAGUGGGUUCGUUGACUUCUCAUUCUACAACGGGAUGGACCAGGUGUCUCCAGGUGCUCCCAUGGGAACCAACGUUAUGGGAUUGUUCAGCUACUUCCUGCCUGACCUGGACCCCAUGUUCUACCAGGGUCUGACGCAGGAUUACGACAUGCUGCCGAGCGGAGGGCCCGUCAACUAAGGUGGCAGUAGACGUCGAGAACGGCACAUAGCGUGGAUUCCAAAAUAGUGGUCACUUGCCGUGCCAAGUUAUCCAAUGGGUGGCCGGUUGCAGCAAGAUGCAUACGAUAUGAUACCCAGUACAUCACUCCGCUAUCAUAGAGAAUGUACAGUACACCAUGUGGUACGCUACCACGCAUGCUUAUCAAUGUCCAACACUUGGCGUUUGCGGCGUGUUGACCACCGCUUCAACAGCUGGCCUGCGCACUUGUAGACGGGGGAGCUUGGCGGGAAACUACACAUCGAAAAAGGAGGUGGGCAUCGCGAGGUCUGCGGUGGCGGUUGGCUCCGGCAUUCCGGGCUUUCGCUCCGGUCCGUCUACAGGGAUC